CAGAUCGAUUCUCGUCUCGCGAGAGUUCACUGCGCCCAAAAAAUUAUGGACGUCGGUGGGAACGGCGGUGGGCUAGCUGUAAACAAUAAACAGAGAAGUAUGCUGCCCAACAAAAGCAGGGGCGAAUUUACCCGCAACGCCAGGAAAGAUUCAGAGGGACUGUCUGAGUCUCCAGACCUCGAGUUUGAAUAUUCGGACACAGACAAGUGGGCAGCAGAGCUGUCAGAGCUGUACAGUUACACUGAAGGACCAGAGUUUUCUCUGAACAGAAGGUGCUUUGAGGAUGAAUUCAAAACUCAUGUGUCUGAUAAGAAGUGGACGGAGCUGGAUGCAGCUCAGCACAGAGCUCACGCCAUGCGUCUGUUGGACAGUCUGGAAGUCAUCGCCCGAGACAGGAGGCUGAAGGUUGCUAGAGCCAUUCUCUACAUGGCUCAGGGGACGUUUGCAGAGUGCAGCUGUGAGGCCGAGGUUCAGCACUGGAUGAGAUAUAACAUAUUUCUGUUGCUUGAUGUGGGGACCUUCUCUGCUCUGGUGGAACUGCUCAACAUGGAGAUUGACAACAGUGCAGCCUGCAGCAGUGCAGUCAGGAAACCAGCCAUCUCCCUGGCUGAUAGCACAGAUCUGAGGGUGCUGCUUAACAUAAUGUACCUGAUGGUGGAAACGAUCCAGCAGGACGACCCCGCUGACAAGCCUGAAUGGAAAAUCAUCAGGGAGACCUUCAGAGCAGAGCUGGGAUCUCCUCUGUUCAACAACGAACCAAUUUCCGUCAUGCUCUUUGGCAUGGUUACAAAGUUCUGCAGUGGUCAUGCCCCGCACUUCCCCAUGAAGAAGGUGUUACUGCUGUUGUGGAAGAGCGUUCUGUUCACACUCGGAGGGUUCGAGCAGCUCCAGAGCAUAAAGGUCCAUAAGCGUGUUGAGCUGGGUCUUCCUCCUCUCCCGGAGGACAGCAUCAGAGUCAUUCGCAGCAUGAGGGCAGCUUCACCUCCUGCUUCUGCAUCCGACCUCAUAGAGCAGCAACAGAAACGAGCCCGCCGCGAACACAAGGCGCUGAUCAAACAGGACAACCUGGACGCGUUCAACGAAAAGGAUCCUUACAAGGCUGAUGACUCCCGUGAAGAUGAGGAUGACAAUGAUGAUAACGACAAUUCUAUAGAGACAGAGACUUUCCCUCUAGAGAGGGACGAGGUGAUGCCACCACCUAUUCCUCACCCUCCGUCAGAGAGGGUGUCCUUCCCCAAGGGUCUGCCCUGGGCUCCUAAAGUCAGGGAAAAAGAUAUAGAAAAUUUUCUGGAAUCAAGUCGAAGUAAAUUCAUCGGUUACACACUUGGAAGCGAUACAGACACGGUGGUUGGUUUACCCCGGCCGAUUCAUGAGAGCAUCAAAACACUAAAGCAGCACAAGUACGUUUCUAUAGCUGAAAUACAAGUUACAAAGGAGGAGGAAUUUCAGAAAACCCCUUUGUCUGGUGGUGAAGAGGAAGUGGAGAUGUCUGCCACUGAGCUGCUCUAUCAGGGAAUUCUGCCCAGUUUGCCUCAAUACAUGAUUGCUUUGCUGAAGAUCCUGCUCGCUGCGGCUCCAACGUCCAAGGCCAAAACGGACUCCAUUAACAUCCUGGCAGACGUGCUGCCUGAGGAGAUGCCAACCACAGUGUUGCAGAGCAUGAAGCUUGGCGUCGAUGUUAAUCGGCACAAAGAGAUCAUUGUGAAAGCCAUCUCUGCCAUCCUGCUGCUGCUUCUGAAGCACUUCAAACUUAACCACAUCUACCAGUUUGAGUACAUGGCUCAACAUCUGGUGUUUGCCAACUGCAUCCCACUCAUUCUGAAGUUCUUCAACCAGAACAUCAUGUCUUACAUCACAGCUAAGAAUAGCAUUUCAGUCCUUGACUUUCCAUAUUGUGUGGUGCAUGAACUCCCAGAGUUGACUGCUGAGAGUUUGGAAGCAGGAGACAACAAUCAGUUUUGUUGGAGGAAUCUGUUCUCCUGUAUUAACCUCCUGAGGAUCCUCAACAAACUGACCAAGUGGAAGCACUCCAGGACCAUGAUGCUGGUUGUGUUUAAGUCGGCUCCCAUCCUGAAGAGGGCGCUGAAGGUGAAGCAGGCCAUGAUGCAGCUGUACGUCCUCAAACUGCUUAAAGUGCAGACAAAAUACCUGGGGCGUCAGUGGAGGAAGAGCAACAUGAAGACCAUGUCUGCCAUCUAUCAGAAAGUCCGACAUCGCCUCAAUGACGACUGGGCAUAUGGAAACGAUCUGGAUGCUCGUCCCUGGGACUUCCAGGCGGAGGAGUGCGCUCUGCGGGCCAACAUCGAACGCUUCAACAGCCGUCGCUACGACAAGAGCCAGAGCAACCCAGACUUCCUGCCUGUGGACAACUGCCUGCAAAGUGUUCUGGGACAGAGAGUGGACCUGCCGGAGGACUUCCAAAUGAACUAUGACCUGUGGCUGGAGCGCGAGGUCUUCUCCAAACCUAUUUCCUGGGAAGAACUGCUACAGUGAAAAUAAGCCAACAUCCUUAUUAUUAUUAUUAUUAUUUUGUUUUUGUUCUGUUUUUUUAAGAUAGACCGUUUUAAUCAGGAGUUCAGACGAACCACCAACAGUGCUCUCACUGAUCAGAUGUGUGCAGACUGAAGGUGAUGGAUGGUUUUCAUUCUCAGAAGACACCCAGAUGUUGACUCAUGGGGUGGACUGGUGUGGUGUUACAGUUGCAUCCGGCCUCCGACCAAAUGCUUUAUGUGAUGAACUUUUUGCCUUUAAGAAAUUUAGCAUUAUUGUGAUCAUCCUUUUGUAUUUAGGUUCCCUCGGACUUUCCUCCCUCGCCCCCACUUUUUUUAAACGAAAUGACUAAUAAUGAGUUUUGUGCUAAACUCCAUUUGUGGACUCAUCUCCUUCUUUCCAUUAACAGGUCUUUGCUCUGUGUGCCUCUUACCUGCUACAGUGGGUCAGCAACUGACCUGGAAGCACUACAUGACCAUAUGUUCACUUUUAAUCUUUAAUACAUUUAUUUGGAGUAUAUUUUAUGUAUUAACUGUUAAUGAGAGGCAGACAUCAGCACAUUUAAGUUCAUAAAUAUAACAUUCCUUGCUUUCAUCUUGUGAGUUUAUCUUCUUUGGAGAGAUGAAGGGAGUGGACGGGAGCUUUUUAGUCACAAUUUCUGUGUUCACAAAUAAACCCUCUAGUUUUUGAUAGUUACUGUGUCCUAAGGUGGAUGAACUCCUGCUUACCAGAUCAACCUCAUCAUUGUGUUCGUAGUUGAUUUCAUUUUUUUCCCCGAGUGCUGAGUACACGCCUACAUGAGUACAUGGAGAUACAGCCUUGAAUUUUUACCCAAGAACAAUUUGCGCUUUUUGUGUGGAAGCAUUUCUUUCACACAAUUUAACUGUUUUACUCUCCAGACAUAAUUUCGAUGCCAGUUACAGACACAUCUUCCUUUUUCAUUAUUCUUUGAUUUUAUUAUAGAGGUUAAGGAAAUGAAAAUACAUGUAAAUUGUGAAAUUUAUUUAUGUCUUUGUUUUACAUUGAUUUAAAUACUGUAAUAAAAUUAUACUGUCCGCCA